UUUCAUGAUACAGCAACAAAAAUACCUUUUUAUUCAUAGUUCAUUUUGACAAUGAAUCUACAAGAGUAUGUUAAAUUUAUCAUCUGUUUGUUUUUAACUCACUUUAAUGGAAAUUUGAUAAAUUCAAAAAGAGUUGAACGUGGAUUUUUAGAUUGGAUUUCGUCAAGAUUUCGAUCAUGCGGCGGCUGUACCUGUGGAAGAUCAAAUCGUAACACGGCAAGAUUUUUAGGCGGCGAAACGACAUACUCCCAUGAAUUUCCAUGGCUUGUUAAUGUACACAUUAAAUCUAAAACUCAAGUUAGCGGCGCCUUGAUUAAUGACCGGUAUAUAAUAACAGCGGCAAGUCAAUUACUUGGAGCGACAGCACCAGAAAUAAAAGUAUCCCUUGGAGGAUAUGAUCGAUGUCAUAUAGAUAUAUCAUCAGUAAAUACGAGUGUCGAUACAAUAAUAAUGUACCCAGAAUUUGUAAGUGAAACUCAUGCGCAUGAUCUGGCACUAAUUCGAUUAAGUCGCCCGAUAAAAUUUGAAAAAAGGAUCUCGCCUGUCUGCUUGCCUAAUCCAAAUUCGACUUAUCUUGGACAAGUUGGAACCUUAUUAGGAUGGACAGAAACCGAAACAGAUGACGAAAAAUUUGCAUGUUUACCGCGAAAAAUAGGGUUGCCUAUAUUAAGUGUCAAUGAAUGUUUAAAAUCCGGAGUUGAUUCGAAAAAUUAUCAUGAUGAUUCCGGAUGUAUGGGUGUACUUGGUACUAAAUCAAUUGUCUGUAGUAACGAUGUAGGAACGUCAGUUAAUUAUCGAUCUUAUACUGGAGUCUAUGAUUUGAUUGGACUAUUAUCAAAUGGUAAUGACUGCGAGGCCUCAACAAAGACGGCAGUUUUCACAAGAUUGGGCCCGCAUCUUCAUUGGAUAUUACAAAAUACCAAGGACGCAUGUUAUUGCGCUAAAUAAUAUUUUAAUAUAUAUUUAUAUAAUACAUGAUACUAUACAAAUAUUUAUUAAUGAUCUCUUAAUUAA